AUGUCAAAAACGCCUACCAAGCCGUGGCUGCUGGAGGCGCGGUCCUCAGAAGCGUUUAUCGUGCUAGUUGUCUCUAUCGCUAUUUUCGUUAUAGUACCCAUCAUCCCAAAAGCCCUUGUCAACCGCAUCGGAGUAUCGCCUGAUGAUGGUGCGUACGGAGAGAAGCAUUGGAUUCGUGUCUUUGUGUGCUGUUUAUAUGAUGAACAUAUUGAGCUGACCUAUAUAGCCCAAACCUGGAUGUCUGUCCUUCUCGCUACCUAUGGAGGAACUCUUCUAAUAGGAUCCCGAAUAAUAGCAAUCUUCGGGUACGUUGCGGAUCGGACCAAAUCUCCCAAAGGCCCAUUCAUCGCUGGCCUGUUUGCUCUGGCCCUAUCGACGGCACUAUUCAUGCUAGCCAGGUCUCCUGUUCUGUUCGUAAUUGCCAGAGGUCUCCAAGGCCUCUCUGGCGCUGCCGUCUGGGUCGCUGGACUGGCUCUGGUCGUUGAUACUGUGGCUGAGGACAGAGUUGGAGAGGCUAUGGGCUACACAACCAUGGGCAUGAGUGUAGGAUCCUUAUUAGGCCCAGCCGCUGGAGGUGUUUUGUACGACAAGCUUGGUUUCUAUGGAGCUUUUUACGUGCCGAUUGCACUGAUCGUUUUGGAUAUUAUCUUGCGAUUGGUAAUGAUUGAGCCAAAUGCUUCGAGGCAGUGGAAGGAGGAAGGAAGCGACGAGCAUUCACCGUUACUUCAGCCCCCGGAAUCCGUUGCUGCUGACGGUACAAGUGACCCAAAGAAAGCGUUCCAGCUAUUUCAUCUUCUGGGCCAACGACGUCUACUUGUAGCUUUACUAGCAGGCCUUGUCGGUGCGCUGACAUUCUCUGCGUUUGAAACGACCCUCCCACUGUUCUUGAUUGAGUCCUUCCACUGGUCUUCCAGCAGUAUAGGGCUGGUAUUCUUGAUCAUGGCCAUUCCUGGAAUGGGCGGCGCCCUUGUCGGAAAGGUCGUGGAUAGAUAUGGCCCACGUAUAUCUGGAACUGUUGCAUUCAUAGUUGGAGGCGCAACCUUGGUUCCCCUCCGUUUCGUUCAGCACCCGAUCAUGGCAGAAUACGCUCUUAUGAUCAGUCUUUUAGGCAUAAACGGCCUAGCCAUCAGCGCAUCUUCCCUGGCCGCGAUGUCAGAAGUGUUUGAAGUCGUUUACAGCCCCCAACCAAGUGCUUCUGGCGGUGUGAAUCCUGUUGCCCAGGGGUAUGCCUUAUUCAACAUGGCCUUUGCUGGUGGGCAGCUUCUUGGGCCGAUUCUAGGAGGUGUUCUGAAGGAGAGUGCCGGGUGGAAGACUAUGACGCUGGUUAUUGCGUUGGUGACGGGUGCAACGGGUAUCAUUACUGCGCUCUACGCAGGCGAUCAGCCACCCGAGGACCAAAUAUUUGGGCCAGAUGAGGUUACGCCCGUCUAG